GUCUCUUGCAUUUCUAUAAUCCUUUCAAUGACAGAACGGGUUGGACUGGAUGGCCUUUGGGGUCUCUUCAAUUCCAUCUAUAUAUAUAAAAGGGUAAUGGAAUCACGGCAUCGGACAAAACAACUAAACUAAAUGCCCCGCAACCUUGAAAAUUGACAGCACAACCUCUCAUCCAUGCCUCUAGGUUCAUACAACAAAAAGAAAAAAAAAGUACAUACAUACAUAUACUAUUCAUAUUAUUAUCUAUAUAUAUAAAAGGGUAAUGGAAUCACGGCACCGGACAAAACAACUAAACUAAAUGCCCCACAACCUUGAAAAUUGACAGCACAACCUCUCAUCCACGCCUCUAGGUUCAUACAACAAAAAGAAAAAAAAGUACAUACAUACAUAUACUAUUCAUAUUAUUAUCUAUAUAUAUAAAAGGGUAAUGGAAUCAUGGCACCGGACAAAACAACUAAACUAAAUGCCCCACAACCUUGAAAAUUGACAGCACAACCUCUCAUCCACGCCUCUAGGUUCAUACAACAAAAAGAAAAAAAAAGUACAUACAUACAUAUACUAUUCAUAUUAUUAUCUAUAUAUAUAAAAGGGUAAUGGAAUCACGGCACCGGACAAAACAACUAAACUAAAUGCCCCACAACCUUGAAAAUUGACAGCACAACCUCUCAUCCACGCCUCUACGUUCAUACAACAAAAAGAAAAGAAAAAUUAAGUCCUAGCCACCGCAACGCGUGGCUGGGCACAGCUAGUGAUUCUAUAAUUCUGUCUUCCUUUGAAGGCAGAAGGGGUUGGACUAGAUGUCCUUUGGGGCCUGCUGCUCUUCCCGUCUCCUUCCAAAGCACUUCCUUCUUCUUUGCCUGGUCCAGCUCCUCCCUGCCCGUCAUCCAUCCACAUCCUUCUUCUUUCUCCCUCUGGCCUCUCUCCUUCCUUCCUUCCUUCCUCUCUGCAAGCCUCCAAUCGCUCCGUCUCCUUGCAAGCCACGGGUUUCAGGGGGUGAUGUGUUUUUCCUUCUUCCGAAGUUUUCUCCCAGUGGCCGAGAAACUUCUCUACCUUGAUGGGGAUCCCAAGCCUGGGCUGGAAUGGUAAACACAACAGACAAGAGAGGAUCUAAAGGGGACAGAGGUGGAGCUGGCUUUCCCUUUUGUCCGCCAACAUCUGGACCCAAUGCUGUGCUAAAGGGCACGGCGAAGACGUGGUUUCUCUUCGGGGAUGGGGACCGGACUGUGCACCCGGAGGCAGAAAGGUCUCUGGCAAACGGGGCUCUGCUUGGUGGUCUUCGCCGUCCUGGGCUCCGGGGGUUUCCUCUACAACCGCUUCCAGCAGAAGGUCAAGGCGGCCGGAGACUUGGCCCUCAAGUACAAGCAGCAACAGGAGACCCUUUCGGCCCAGUUGCAAGUUGUUUACGAACACAGAUCCCGCCUAGAACGGUCCUUGCAGAAGGAGAGAGGAGAGCACAAAAAGACGAAAGAAGACUUUUUAGUGUACAAGUUAGAAGCUCAGGAAGCCCUGAAUAAAGAAAAGCAAGAUUCCAUGAAUAGAUACGGCGCAUUGAGCUCACAGCAUAAGAUCCUGAAGAACCAGCACGACGAAGUCAAGAAACAACUGGUGGAUCUGCAGCUGCAGCACAACGGGCUGAAACUGGAGCAUCGCAAAAUCGUGGAGACCCACAACCAAAAAUAUGCCCAGCUGCAGCGGGAGAAGGAGAGCGAGAUCUUGGCUUUGCAGGAUACGGUUUACAAGCUGAGAGAAGAAAGCAAACUACUUCGGAAGGCCCACCAGGAUAUCCAUUCACAACUACUCAAUGCUCGUGUUCAGAUGGAAGAAUUCCGGCAGCUCAAGGAAACCCUUCAAAAGAUGCCAAGUUUCAAAGAGAUGGUUGUGAUGAAAGGGCAGCAGAAGCCGCCAGUGAAGGAGCAGCCCCCAAUGCCAGCACUUGGCCCACUGCAAGUUGUUCGGUCCAAGGCUUCGACGAGUAAUGACGCGAAAGCAUCUCUGAACCCCCUGGAGAAGACGGUCGCUUCAGCGGGGAGCUCCGUCUUUGCUCAGGCCUCGGACAUCAAGCACCAAGGAGGCGAAAACCUUCCUGAUGGCCAGGUCUCACACAGAAAUGACGGUCCGAAGUCGCAAGGCAGCAUGCCACUGAGUCAAGUGGUUCCGCCCGAUGACGGUCAUUUGCCACCUGUGGCCUGGGCUCCGUCAGGGCGGAAGGACAACGCCAUCAUUCGCUUCACAAGGAUGGUGAACAGCGUGCAGAACGGAAACCCGGAUCACAAAUCAACGCGGGCAGAAAAUGAGGGAAAUGUACACCCUGAAGAUCUUUCACGUGAUCACAGGAUUUCGCCUGCUUUGGAGACAGCACAGACUUUGGGUAAACAGCCCUCCAUGGGAAGCCAGUGGGAUCCUGCCGUGCAAAGCUGGCAAGACAUUGUGAAAAAAGUCAAUGCCCAGAUGGAUGAGAAGCAUCCUUACUCACAAAGCAUUCGUGAGCCAGUGGUGGCAAAUGGCAAUCCAAAGAUGGCAGGUCAACAAGAAGGUGUGGAGCGGCCGCUGCCAUCCAACUGGGCAGAUGGAAAAGGAAACACGGAUAACGAGGAGCUUCAAAUGGAUGCGGGCAUAAUUGCAAGAGAAGAUAACCCACGCUCUUAUAAGGAGGCAACUGCCCAUCAAUCUGCGGUGUCUGAUCGAGCUGCUGACCCUGCCCUGGACCCCAACAACCAAGGAAAAGAUGAGUUCGAAGAGGCAGAGCUGGAACGCCCGGACAUCGAAGAGAAAGCGAAUCAGGCUGAUAAUAACAGCGAUGGCCCCACAAAUGGAGCAAAAGAUUCAACCAAGGAAAAGAUCCCGAAAGUUGAUGCUGCUGGACCUGGACCUAAGAAAAUUUCAAAUGAUCUGAUGGACGAUUAUCAGGAAGACGAGGAAGAAGACCUUGUACGAGUCCCAGGAAGAUCAUAGAGGUGAAGCGGAUGAUGCAGACGAUCUAGAGCUGGGCCCUGAGCAAAAGGACCGCAUAGAAGGAGGCAACAGAAAGGAGAACUACUACUGACUCUGAUACCAGCUUCUGCCAGGAGCCUGGAUAAAAAACUUCAGGAGGAGGACCUGGGCCAAGUCUGUUGCAAUACAGUCAGAGUCGUAAUCUGAACAUUUCCAAAACAAAUCAGACAAUUGCCACAAAUACAGAUCUAUCUGUUUGUUUAUUUAACAAGUUCCAGGGUGGUAUAACAUAAAGCAAUGUCGGGAUGCUUCUUCCAAACAGGACUGAUAUUUGUAAAAUAAAUGAGAUUCCACUUUUUCCAAUUAUGGUUCGGGCUGAAGUUUUGCAGCAAGAGCUACUUGCUUUCGCCCUUUUCCCUUGCCUUGGACUUGCCUGACUGAUUUUUAUUGUGCAGUUUUUUUCAUCUUUAUAUUAAAACAAAAGGAAUCCUUUUGGUAAA